AUGCGCCGGCAGAAGAGUAGGAUGUCUGGCAGAGGAGGAGGAGGCGGUGGUCGACGGUCGGCGAAGAGCAACCGGAACGUUGCUGUUAGCCUAACGGAAACUGAAGAAACAAGCAGAGGUGAAGAAAGUCCUCCACAGGAAAUUCUCAAAGGCCAUGGUGUUAAAACGAUGAGGAAGAAAACUAGUACAUACUGGAAGAGAAGGUCGGUUGCAGAUGGUAGACUUUUGAGGGACUUAGAGACUGAAGUGAGACAACUGGUGGGAAAAGACUUCUGUAUUCAAAUGGAGGUGAGAGGGGUAGGAAUGUCUGAAUGGUGCUGGAUGAUCUUUAUUUACCUCAGUACUGAUAAGAAAAUUAGAGAAAAGCAAUGGGAGUUUCUUGAGACAAAUAGAAUGCUGUGGGGUAAUUGUUGGGUAGUGGCAGAGGACUGGAAUGAUAUUUCUUGCAAUGAAGAGAAGAGGGGAGGAGUUAAAAAGAAGUCCAGCUAG